AUGAACAGCUUGGCACGAGUUCAUAUGCACCAAAUCAGAAAUCCAUCUGUAGUCCUUGGUUACAAAACAUCACAAACAUUCCAGGAACCCCCACACAGACACUCUCCCUUACAUACAAAUACACAUGCUGUGACAUCACUCACAUCUGGAUGCAAGACUUGCUAACACACACCCCUUACUCUGUCCAAUGUGUCCCAUCUUCCUUCUUCCCCCUUUCUACCACGGCUAUCCUCUCGCCUCUCCUUCCUAUCUGUCUGACUUUCCACCCCCGCUCUCAGAGAUGAAAGAGAAGAACCCCUGGCACACGCCUGCGACCAUCAUCAUCACUGUGAUUGGCGUCAUAGCGAUUGUUGCCUUGGUGACAGUAGCAGUUUUGCAGAACAAGCCCCUACCCAAAAAGUACAAGUAUGGGAUCGUUCUUGACGCUGGAUCCUCCCACACAGCUCUGUAUAUCUAUGGGUGGCCAGCAGAGAAGGUUAACGACACUGGCAGAGUUGUACAGGUGCAUUCCUGCAAAGUUAAAGGUCCAGGUAUCUCUAGCUAUGCCUCUGCUCCACUGAAUGCAGGGGAGUCUCUAAAAGUAUGCAUGCUGGAGGCCAAGGACCAGGUCCCCAGUAAAAGACACCAGGAGACCCCUCUUUAUCUGGGAGCUACUGCUGGAAUGAGAUUGCUAAAUAUAGAGAACAGCACAGCGUCUGAUGGGGUCUUUCAGGCUGUGUCACAGGCCCUGCAAACGUCCCCCUUUUCUUUUCAAGGAGCGAGGAUCAUUAGUGGUCAGGAAGAAGGAGCCUUCGGCUGGGUCACAGUCAACUAUUUGGAUGAUCGCCUCAAACAGGGUUUGGAAACCACAGGAGCUCUUGAUCUUGGCGGGGCCUCCACUCAGAUUAGCUUUGUUUCUGAUAAUUAUGAUGGUUCAGAGUCACCCAAAAACUCUGUGACAUUCCGACUCUACGGAAAUGACUAUAACCUGUACACACACAGCUUCCUGUGUUACGGGAAAGACCAAGUUUUACGUAUGACGCUGGCACACCAGACUCAGUCAGGUCCAGCAACAGUAUUAGAUCCAUGUUUCCACCGAGGCUACACUGCAAUAAAGAACUACACAGUCCUUUAUGACACCCCCUGCGUGUCAGACAGGAAACCCCAACCAGCUCCUGCAUCCUUCAAUCACACGGGUACAGGAGACUUUCAAGAAUGCCAGAGAGUUGUCAGAAACGUCUUCAACUUUACUGACUGCAAAUACAGCCGAUGCUCUUUCAACGGGGUCUUCCAGCCAUCUUUGCAAGGGCCAUUUGGGGCUUUUUCUGCUUACUACUUUGUGAUGAACUUCCUCAAUCUGACUGACACAUCCACCCCCCUGGAAGAUGUCAAGAAAAAGAUAACAAACUACUGCGCUACCCCUUGGGAGCAGAUAAAGGAGCAGUAUCCACAUAUAAAACAAAAGUAUUUGGCUGAGUACUGUUUCUCUGGCACGUACAUCAUCACCCUGCUGACAGAAGGAUACAACUUCACCUCGGAGAACUACCCGAACAUAAAAUUCAUCAAGAAGAUAAAAGACAGUGACGCAGGCUGGACGCUGGGCUACAUGUUGAAUCUGACCAACAUGAUACCAGCAGAGGCUCCUGAUAAGCCCCCUCUGCCCCAUGGCGGCUACGUCUCCAUCGUCACCAUCAUCGCCAUAUUGCUGUUCGUCCUCAUCAUCUUCAGCCUACGUCCGAUCUGGCCUCGCUGCUCCAAGCGGCCACAGAUCAUAUAAAUACAUACACAGAGAUGAAAGAAUGAUGUGAGUGAGGGAAUGUGUAUGUGUCAGUGUUGGUGUGGAAUAUCCUACCAACUGGUGAAAAGACUGUCAACUUUUCACUUUGUAGCCUUUGUGGGGAGGUUAAAGGUCAAUGUCUGCUUAUAUGAGGAUAUUACAGAAGGACAAAUGCUUUAUCUUCUCCGGUUGAAGGACAAUUUCUGAGUGAGUGAGUGAGUGAGUGAGUGAGUGAGUGAGUGAGUGAGUGAGUGAGUGAGCGAGUGAGUGAGCGAGCGAGCGAGUACGUGAAUGAGAGUGUAUGUUUAAGUUUUGAAUGUGCACUUGAAUGCGUGCAUGAGUGUACCCACAUCAGUCUGCAUGUAUGUGUCUUAAACUAUGAUGUGAAUAUGAUACUGUACAAAUAAAAUAACCCAAGUUUAUAUAUAA